AUGAAGACGAUCAUGGAGGCGGAUGAAGUGGAAACGGCUGAAACUGUAGCCGAGAAAAAGGCCAAGGAGGAAGAGCUGAAGAACGAGCAGCAGGUGCAGGUCGAGCUGGAUUUGAAGCUGAACACGAUCGGAUUUGUCGUCUACAAGGGCGAGGAUGUGCUGGCCGAUGUUCGUCUCCAGCGCUUCGUUUGCCAACUUCAGAUGCGCACGUUCGAUUUGCUCGUCAAUGCUGAGCUCGGUUCCAUCUCCAUCGCCAUGCCGCUCUUCCGCAGCUUCGACGAUCGCAAGCCGCAUUUGUACCUCAUUGACUCCUUCGAGGAGGAGGGUGCCCUGAUGCAGUUGAAAUUUGUUCAGGCUAAUCCUGAGAGCCCGUUCUUCGCCACCGAAUACCACAAGACCGAGAUGGCGGUCGGGUUCAAGUUCUCCAAGCUGAACAUUGCCCUCCACCAAGAGGCCUUCCUGGAAGUGAAGAAGUUUGGCGAAGCGCUGCAAGAGGCUAUGGCUAAAGAUAAACCGGCUUCCUCCGAGGAAGUCGAUGGCGAAGAGCCCACCGACGAGAGUGCCAGCCGAAAGCUGAGUCGCAAGAUUUCGUCGAGCAUGGAUUCCCUGGCCCAACUUGCCCGCGAAUCCCAGACCGAGGCCGCCAAGAAGAAGCGCACAAAGCGAAAGAAGCAGGAUGAGCCGGAUCCGUCGGUGAUUAAGAUGAAGAUCGACGCCUCCGUUGGUCAGCUGGCCAUUCUGCUCGGAACGGAGCGAGAGGUCGAUACGCUGAUGGCUAUUGAAAAGGUCGAUUCCGUGGUCACGAUGACGCUCAAGACGAUGGAAGUGAAGGCGACGCUGCAAGCUAUCAAAAUGCUCGACAUGACGAAGGGAGCGCUUCACAAGAACCUUAUGGCAGUCCAUGGCGACGAGACGAUGCUCCGCUUCGAGAUGCUCCAAUACCAACGGACGCCCGACGAGAAGAAGCACAUGCAGGCAUCGGAUGUCGAUAUGAAAGUCAAGCUCCGACUCGCCCAGCUCCGCUUCAUCUUCCUCCAACUCUGGGUGAACCGGAUGCAGGCGUUUGCCGCGCCAUUCAGCGCCGAAGCGGCUGUAGCGAAAGCUCAUGCUCAAGCGGUGGCUUCAGAAAAGUCACAAGAAGCGCUUGAAGCGGCGAAACAGAUGCUCGAACAAUCCCCGCCUCGAAUCGAGCUUGACGUCGAGCUGCUGGCUCCUCUGAUUCUCGUCCCGCGUCUCUCGUCCUCAACACACGUGCUCGUCGUCGACCUUGGUAAUCUGAUCGUGCGCAAUCGUAUUCUUGGCCACCGGGAGUACCCGAAAGCCGUGCUCGACUCGAUGGACAUCAAGCUGACCGAUGUGUACUUUGGAAUUGGCCGAAUGGACGACGAAGCAAAGGAUCUCACCUUCAAGACCGAGGUCCUCCGUCCGAUCACCUUCAGCCUCGACGUGCACAGAAAUCUCACCUUUGGCAUCGUCAAGGAAAUCCCAGAAACCGCCGUCGACGCUCAUAUCUCUGCGAUCAACAUGGCGCUGUCGCACGACGACUACGCGACGAUGAUGCACACGCUGUCCGGAAACUUGUCCGAGGGCCACGAGCUCGUUGCCGACCAUGUCCCACCGCCCCCAGUCGUCGUUCAGACUGAGAAGAAGGAGGAGCGACAGGCUGCCGGCGGUGAAGAUCAGACCCUUUCUCAGUCCAAACUCACUGGCGGUGGCUUGACGAUGAAGGUCUACGACAAGAUCCUCUUCAAAUUUGUGAUGGACAACAUAGCCAUCGAGUUGUACACUGGCACUACCACCUCUGCCACGCGCGACCAAGCCAACGCCUUCGCCUCGAUGCGCAUCGAAGGGCUGAAGCUGAGCGGUCACAUCAAGGAGGACAACGAGCUGCUCGUCGCCAUGUCGCUGCAGGUCUUCCAGAUGAACGACGAGCGCAAGGGCAAGACAAAGAUCCCGCACCUGCUCGACAAGAAGGCUUCCACAAAAGAGGAGCGCUUCCUUGACCUGUCGUUCAAGCAGAAGGCCAACCAGGACAAAAAUAUUCGCCUGGAGAUGUCGGCGUUCUUCCUUUGCAUGAGCCCCGAAUUCCUUGGCUGCCUCGCCGCAUUCUUCACCGUGCCGAAGACGCAGGAGGAAAUUGACCGUGAAGCCGUGCCCACGGCUACAAAGGCUCCCGCCAAUAUUCAAGUCCAAAUCGACAAGAGCAAAGAGAAGGAUCAGCCGCCGGCCGUUCCCGCUCCGGUGGGUACGAUCACGAUGGACUGUGACAUGAAGGGUGUUGAGGUAAUAAUCAUCGAAAACUCCAUGGACCCCGACAACACGCAAGCCCUCAUCCUCUCCUUCAACGUCCGUCUGAAGGCCGAGCCGAAAAACACGGUCCAAGUGAUGCACGGCGGCGUCGAGGCGUUGCGCAUCUUCAGCAGCUACUAUGCCCCCAACAAGCGUAAGGAUGUGACGUAUGAAGUGAUGAAGUCGGUGGACAUUGGCAUCGCCGCCAGUAUCAACAACGACACGAAGUCGACGGAAGUGAUGCUGAAGAUGACGCCGCUUGAGCUGAAGAUGGCUCCAUCUGUCAUUCGACUUCUCGCGGCAGCUAACGCUGAAUUCGCGCGUCACAGUCAAGCCGAAGAGGCCUCGGUGACGGCGAACCCGAAGCGCCGCUUCUUCCCGAACUACUGGGAGAAGAAGAAGCUCGAGGAGCACCGCUACUGGUUCUUCAACAUGCCCGAGCCGGCCGAGGAGAUUGAUGAGGACUACGAGGAAGAGGAGGAAGGAUCCGGAUCUCGGCGCAAAUCUAUUCGUGGGCCCGUCGAGAAGUGCACGGUCGAGAUCCCGCGGCUUAGCUUCACAUUGGAGGCUGGAAAUGAAGCGAUUCCCCUGCCUCUCAUCUUCCUCGACAUGCAAAUGCGAGCCGAAGCGAGCAACUGGAGCAGCGCUCUCAAGGCUUCUUCCGAACUCUCCCUCCAAAUGUCGUACUACAACGAAGGCUGCUCCGUCUGGGAGCCGGUCAUCGAGCCCCUUGAGCAGGAAACGCCCAACGACUGGAAACGCUGGAGCCUCAAGUGCAACGUGCAGGGCAAGAACAAGCUCGACCCCAACGACUCAUCUCCCGGCAUGCACGUCUCUGUCGAGGCCGAGGAUAUCCUGAACAUCACCGUCACGCGCAGCUUCAUCAACCUGUUGACGAAGCUGGGCGAGGUGUUUGCGGCUGCUGCGACGAAUACAUCACCUCCGGUCAGCCGGUCGCUGCCUGGCACGUCGGCAUUCCUCAUCUUCAACGACUCCGGGAUGACGGUCAGGGUGGCCAACUCGGACAGCCUGGUCGCUUCCGAGGACGGCUCGACGAUUGACGCGACGCACGGUGCCUUCGUCGAUUUGGACGCGGUUGACGGGCAAGCCGAUGACAAGGAUAAACGCGAGAACACCGAUACCUUCCUGUCCGUUACGCAGAAUGAAACGAAGGCUGAUCUCCGACUAGAACUCCUCGAAACCGUUCGCGAUGUUGUCGUUGGGCGCGCUGAUAAGUGGAUGCUCACCCUGCCCAAACAGAGUGAAGGCGGAAAACAAUGGAAGAUGCUCGUCGAUGUCUCGAUCGAAAACAGUCGGCGAUUGAUCACAUUGCGAUCGCAUGUACAGGUCACAAAUCACCUUGACGUCGAUAUGGAGGUGUAUUCGAAACGCGACAACAACCUCGAUUUGGCCGCCAUCGUCAAGACGGGUGAGACGGUCAACCUGCCGGUCCCGCUGCUCUUCACCCCGACCGGCGAGCUCUUCUUCAAGCCCGUUGGCGACAACACCGAAGUCUCGUUCGAGUCGGUCUCCUGGCACGACUUUGCCAAUCAGAAGCGUGCCCCGAUUCGAUGCAACCUGAGCGACGAUGACACGAAGGGCUUCUUCUUCGAAACCGUCAUCUCCGAGGAUGAGAUUCACUAUCCAACCGGAGGCGCCGUUGUCAAGGAGAAAAAGACCGAUUCGAGCUUCAACAUUUCGCUCUACCCACCGCUCGUCUUCCAUAACAACCUGCCGUUCCCGGUGACGCUUGAGCAGCCGAUCGGUGCCGAGUUGGGUCCCGGCGAGGACACGGUGUUGAACAUCAUAGCUGGCCACAAACUUCGGCUGCACACGAGCUACCACAACGAAAAGUAUGUGCUUGACAUGCGCAUGGAGGAGCGGCCCGAAGAUCUGCAAGUUGUCGCCUUGAACACGGAAUCCGGAAGUGCUGAACUGUUGCUCGGUCUCCAUUGGUCUCGCGAAUACGGUGGCCUCAAGGCCUACCUGUACGCCCCGUUCUGGAUGGUCAACAACACGUCGAUGACCCUUCGACACAUGGAGAGCUCCGGUGGCUUUAUCGCGUCGACGACGAAUUGCAUCUCAUGCCGGCCCAAAACUGCGGUGGACAACGAGGAAUACGCCCUGCGCCAUGGCCCCGACCAGAAUCCCAUCAUUCUGCCGUUCCCAUCCAAGGAUGUCGGCCAGAAGAAGAAGUCUCGCGUCCAAGUCGAGGGCGACUCCAACUGGUCCGACGAGUUCCCGCUGGAAACGGUCGGAAAUACGGCCCGCGUCACCUGCAAGGGCGAAUCGAGGGACUAUGAUCUGAGCGUCUCCAUCCAACUGUGCCAGUCUGGCCUCACCAAAAUAGUCUCUUUCGCCCCUUUCUACCUCGUCAGCAAUUGCGGCAAAUUCGACCUUGAGGUCCGAGAAGAUCAAGUACAAGAGUGGACCACGAUUCCUGCAGAAAAGUGCAUUGGCAUUUGGCCGACGCAGAAGGAGCAGCGCAAGGUGUACUGCACACGAUACGCUGGUGCUUCGGAGGAGUCGCUGCUUUUCCCGAUCACUGAGAACAUUGAAACGUUGGCUCAGAUCAACGAUGCAUCGGCCGGUAUCGAUGUCGCGUGUACCGUUGGCGAGUCUUCCGUCACAGUCCACUUGACGCCGUUCUCGCCAGGAUCCGCUCCUGUCCACGUUAUUAAUCAUCUGAAGAUGCCAAUCGAAUACGGGCAAAAGGGCCACCGACGUGAACGGCUCCUCCCCGGCGAACACGUCUUCUUCACCUGGAGCGAGCUGACCCGCGACCGCCUCUUCGAAUACCAGAUCGGCGAGCACAAGGGCGAAAACGGGCUCAUGCAGAACGACUUCGGCGAGGUGCAGCCGAGCAAGGAAGCGCGCAAAUACGUCUACUUCACCUCGUUCCUCAACGGCCGACAAAGGACGCUCCUCUUCACCGCCGAGCAUUCGAUAGCCCGCGCUGCCUUCGGUGCGCACGAGCUGGAGAACACCGAUUUCUGCUGUGACCUCCUGCUCCAAGGGCUCGGCCUCAGCGUCGUCGACAAUCACAAGGGCGUCGAGGUCCUCUACGUCGGCAUCAGCUCCUCAGAUAUCCUGUGGGAAGAGGGCUCGCUCAGCUCAGGCUUCGGCAUCUUCAAGAAGCAGAUCCGCUACAAGCCGCUGGCCGUCAAGUACAUGGCCAAGCUCGAGGAGCACUACCAGGGCUAUCUGAAGAAUGACAAGGAGGAAUGGCUCGCUGUGGAGGGCAAAUAUGAGGCCAACAUGAAGCGGAUGCUGUUGCGCAAGAAGAAGAACGGCAAAGAGCUCAAGAUGCGCCGCAUCUUUGAGCGCGGAAUUUACGCCCACUACAGUACGACGGCUCAGCGCAAGCGCUUCCAUUUCAAGCUGAACCAUCUGCAGAUUGACAACCAGAUGGAUGCUUGCGUCUUCCCGUGUGUGCUCUCGGUGGUCCCGCCGCCGAAGAGCGUCGUUCAGGACAAUGCCCCGAAGCCCUUCGUCGAGUUCUCAUACGUCGAACGCUCCAACGAGUUCUCUACGAUCCCCGAGAUUGAGUACUGCAAGGUGCUCGUUCAAGAAUUCGCAGUCCGUGUCGACCAGGGCCUCAUCAACGCCGCCCUGGACCUCUCUCCGAACGCCACGAUCAAGAAACCCUACGGCAAGAAGAUGUUCGACGAGGACAUGGAGCUGACGAAGGUCAACCUCGGUCAAAUGGCCGACGCUUGGAAGUCGCAGAAGCCCAAGUCGUACUACGACGAGAUCCACAUCUCACCUUUGAUGAUCCAUCUCUCCUUCUCGCAAGGUGGUAACGACGCCGAACGCGCUGCUGGCCCGGCUCCGAUCCAGAGCGAGUUCGUCAAUGUGCUGCUGAAGAGUGUGGGCGUGACGCUGACCGAGCUGCAGGACGUCGUCUUCAAGCUGGCCUACUUUGAGCGAAAGGCUGUUUACUACAACCAGGAUCAGCUGAACGCCGAAGUGAUCAGCCACUACACGAUGCAGGCUAUCAAGCAGCUGUACGUGCUCGUCCUCGGCCUCGACAUAAUCGGCAACCCGUUCGGGCUUGUCCGCGAUUUGUCAUCCGGUGUGGAAGAUCUCUUCUAUCAACCGUAUCAAGGAUUGGUCCAGGGCCCCGAGGAGUUCAUCUCCGGUGUCGGCCUCGGCGUCCAGUCACUCUUCGGCCACGCUGUUGGCGGUGCGGCUGGCGCUGUUGGUCGCAUCACUGGCACGGUUGGAAAAGGAGUGGCUGCCCUGACCUUCGAUCAAGAAUACCAACGGAAGCGCCAGGAAGACUUGAACCGACGGCCACAAUCGUUCGCCGAGGGAAUGGCGCGCGGCUUCAAGGGACUUGGAAUGGGAGUUGUGGACGGUGUGAAGGGAGUCGUCACCAAGCCGCUGGAGGGCGCUCGGCAAGACGGCUUCGGCGGAUUUAUCAAGGGAACCGGAAAGGGACUUGUCGGUUUGGCCGCUCGCCCGAUUUCCGGCGUCGUCGACUUUGCUUCGUCAUCUAUGGACGCUGUUCGAACAGUGGCAGGGACGAAUAAGGACACUGAUCACGGGUUCCUCACCGAAACGGACGAGUACAUUUGCUACGCGCCGAUCACGGAUCGUCUCGUGCUGCUCGUCACCAACCUACAACUGGUCAUCACCAAACGGACGGAUGUGCUCGGCACGUGGACCGUCGAUUGGUCGGCAAGGUACACUGAGAUCAAAGAGCCGAAAUACGUCGACGAGGGCGUGAAAAUCGAGCUGUUGACGAAACGGCGCGGGUUCUUGGGCAUCGGCGGCUCGGCGGGCAAAAUCAUCACGUUCGAGAACGCAAAAGUACGCAGGGCGCUCGAGGUGGUCCAAGAAGCGAUAAUGGAUGCUUACAACGCGGCGACCAAA